AAUGGGCAUGAGGCGAAAAAGCACGCCCCGGAGGGCAACGUUCAACCGUGAGGGUUCCGCCGGGGCAACUUAUUUUACCUCGCCUCAAUUCCAUCCUGUCCACCAACAUCGGUCGACCUCUCCACUCUUCGCUGUCUAGCGACUUCAUAUUCCUUUCCGGUUCAAAAUGUUCCCGUCAACGAGGACAGGAGCCUCGCUGGCCCUGAGAGCGAAACCCACUUCGUACCUCGUCCCCUACCGAGCCGUGGCCGCGAUCUCGUCGUCCUCGCGGAAAGACGCAAGUUCCCUCCAGCCACACACGGCGCCCGGCGGCCAUGGCCUCGCCAAGCCGCUCGCCAGGGACGUCCCUCUCGCCAGCCAAGAGGGCACCAAAGGCGUGGUUCAAUAUGCGCUCACGACCCUCGACAUCAUCACAAACUGGGCCCGGCAGUCCUCCCUCUGGCCCAUGACCUUCGGCCUCGCCUGCUGCGCCGUGGAGAUGAUGCACCUGUCGACGCCACGCUACGACCAGGACCGGCUGGGCAUCAUCUUCCGGGCGUCGCCGCGGCAGUCGGACGUGAUGAUCGUGGCGGGCACGCUGACCAACAAGAUGGCGCCCGCGCUGCGGCAGGUCUACGACCAGAUGCCCGAGCCGCGCUGGGUCGUCAGCAUGGGCAGCUGCGCCAAUGGCGGCGGCUACUACCACUACAGCUACAGCGUCGUCCGCGGCUGCGACCGCAUCGUCCCGGUCGACGUCUACGUCCCGGGUUGCCCGCCCACCAGCGAGGCCCUCAUGUACGGCAUCUUCCAGCUCCAGAGGAAGAUGCGGAAUACGAAGAUCACCCGGAUGUGGUACCGCAAGUGAGGGGGGGU